AUGCCCACUGCAAUGCUGCAAGAUGUCAGUGGGCGGAAUGCGAACGCGAGAAAGCGCAAGCGGCACCAGAGUGAUGAUGACGAUUCCAGCAUUGACCAGGAUGAUUUGGUGAAUGAAGUCAAGAAGGUGCUCAAAGUGCUCUCGGCCAUCCAAGAGAAACUUAACACCACCAGAAGGAAGUAUAAAGACAUGAAGGUUCAGUUCAAAGAGACUGAUGACAUGCUGAAGACCGCCCAACUUAGAUUCGAGCGUUCGCAGAUGCAGUUGAACGACGCUGACGGAAUGCUGCUCGAAUUCAGGGAGAUGUUCGCUGCGGAUAGCAAGAGGCGGACGAGUGACAGACAGAAGUAUGAGCACAUGGAGAAACUAUGGGAAGCUUCGGAAAAGAAGUACCAGGACCUGCGACAGAAGACCAAAGACGACAAACAGCAGCGCAAGAUUAAGCGCGAACAGCGCAGGGAGCGACUCCGCCUAUUGCGAGAAGCCGAAAAGAAGUGGAUCGCCGCGGAAAAGUCGCUUCAGGACACCCAGGCCCGCUUGGACGAGGUUGAUUUGAAGCGGAUCGCUGCAGAACAAGAGGGCGAACGCACGGCACAACGACUGAAAGAUUCAGAUUCGGCGCGGACCACUGCCGAAAAGAAGCAUGAAGAUGCCCGGAAACGGGUGACGGUAUUGGAAACACAACUGAAGUCUGCACUUGCAAAAAGAGUAGCUGUCGAGAAGCAGCUAUCAGAGGUCAACGAACAGCUGUCAACUGUCGAGAAACAGCUGUCGAAUGCACAGAUGCACCAGAGACAUGUUGGCAAUCAUAGCUUUUCUUGGCAGUACGAAAUGGAAGGCCACUGGCAUGCCUUCCCUCCAGAAGGAAAUGAGCAGAUGCAUCAGGCCUAUAUGUCCUACAUUGGCGACAGCCAGUGCUGCAGUGCCAACAUAGUUGCCGGCGGAGUUGAACGCAUUGUUGAUUUCCGAGCAAUGACCCAGACACAUGCAAGCACCAAGAAGGUCCGACAAAUUCGCCUUUCUACCGGGGUGCCUGCUGAGUGGUCAAGUUCGCCAGCAACUCUGCUCACGCAGAGCGACACCUUGAGCUCGUUCUACGUUGAGGUUGCAGACGCAGCGCUUAUCGACAGAAUCACCUGUAUUCUGCGCUCAUCUGGUCAUGCAGGGGAUGAGUCGAGCACAUGCUCACGCAUGCAGACAGCGACAGUUAAGUCUGUCCAUCGAAUAGAGAACUUUCAACUUUGGCACAGGUAUCAAGCGAGAUUGGCCGCCAUGAGAGAAGACCACGCAAAGUAUUGUGUGCAUGUAGAUCCUGCAGCUCUUGAUCUUGAUUGCCGCCAAGGUGUGAUGACUGCAAGCCAGUCCGACUUGGACUGCGGAGCAUGCUUGGCGAACGAUGUUGACGAGAAGAUACUCUUACAUGGAACUUCGUGGAGCAACGCAAAUUCCAUUGUUAUGCAUGGCUUUGACCACAGGACCUGUAUGCGCGGGAUGUAUGGCGAUGGCGUUUACUUUGCAGAUGCUGCAUGCAAAAGCCAUCAAUAUUCAUGUGGGGCCCACCCAGCCAAGACAUCCAAGACCUCCGCCUUUGCAUGCAGAUGCGAAAGGACGUUGAUCAUAGCACGCGUGGCACUUGGUGAUGCUUACUAUGCAUCUGCAACGCGACGCGGGGCAAGGAGGCCUCCGAACAGAGACGGUGCAACAGGUACGCAUGGUUCGGUUGUCGUGAAUCCUGGGCCAAUCCAGGGGCAUCGCAAUCAAGUUCAUCAAGAGUUUGUAGUUUACGACAGGGAGCAGGCCUAUCCUGCAUUUGUCGUGCAGUACUUGCCUUGA